GUCAGCCUGUAGAACGGCCUAACGAGCUGCUGUGGCGUGUGCGGCAGAGAACACUCAAUGACCCUUAUUCUUCUUCUUCCCCGCAUUUUGUCGCCUACUAUGGAAGUAUAUAAGAGGGCAAGUGUUUGACAAGCCUAGCAAUCAGGUCUACUCUCCUAUCUCACAAUCUGCUCUGAGACAAUGAUGAUGACAAGACCACCUGCACUUCCUUACAGCCCUCGCGAAGCAAACAACUACCUCCAGUAUUCGUUCAGGACAGCUCGGAAUCGCAUGGUUGCUGCCUACGGGCGAGGAGGACACCCAGGCAUUAUUGGACUGGAUAACUUUGGUAGCUGGAUGGAAGACAACUUCAACAUAUUUGCCACCCUGCAUCGAGACAACGUCUUGGAACCAGUCACGAUUGAUUGCGCCCUUGAUGCCUGUCGGGACAUGCUUGCUGUGCAUACGCUUCCACCAGACUCCUGGAUCCAAUGGGUGGCCCUCAUUCGACACCACAUCAAUCCAUUCACAAGAUACUUUGACUACCCGUAUGAUGUUCAGCAUUUGAUUGAAGAUGGAAAUAGCAAUGCUCAGGCCAGCACUGGAGUAUACGAGGACGAGUAUGGCAGAUACGGAGGAGGCAGGUCGCCAUCUCCAGACUCCGAUAUGCCUUCUAUCAUUCGCGCAUACUAUCCACCCUGAUGUGCACACCCGAAUUG